CCUGCAGGGACACAGAGCCCCGCACACAGACCCCUAUGGCCGCCGGACCGUGACCGCCCGCCCCGUCCGGCCGCAGUGACGCCGUAUGCCGCUGUACCCCCGGUACCCCCGGUAUCCCGGUACCCCCGGUAUCCCAAUACUCCCGGUACCCCCGAUACCCCCGGUAUCCCGAUACUCCCGAUACCCCCGGUACUCCCGGUACCCCCGGUAUCCCGAUACCCCCGGUACCCCCGGCCCAACACCGCAGCCCCGCUCACCGGGCCGUGACGCUGUACCCGCACUUCCUGCGGUGCCGCGCAGGCGCAGUGGGUUCAUGGCGGGUCGCGGUGCCGCUCGCGUGGCGGCGCGCGUGGGGCAGGGGGCGAAUAGUGCGGGGAAGGGCCGGCAGCUGGGACCUGAGGCUGCGCUGCGGCUGCUGGAGGCCUCGGUGGUGCACCGGGAAGGAGCGCUGCUGGCCCUGAGCAAACCCACUGCGCUGCCCGUGCUGGGGCGCUCCGGGGAGCUGAGCCUGACCGCGCUGCUGCCCGCACUGCGCCGCCGGCUGGGGCUGCCCGCAGAGCUGCACGUGGUGAAGGCACCCGCCAGGGAAUGCUCCGGCCUCGUGCUGCUGUCCGCCUGUCACCGUGUCACUGAGCAGCUGCAGCGCUCCUUCUCUGCCGCCCGGCGCAGGGGGCACUUCCCGGCCACCUACAGCGCUGUCACUGUGGGGAUCCCGGCGGAGGCAGAGGGUGAGAUCCACGCGGGGCUGUGCUGGCAGCAGAAAGGGGACACAGCUGUGGUGGUGGCAGUGCCAUCCCCAGGACGCCGCAGUUUGGCCCGUGGGGAGGUGAAGAGCACCCGGACCCGCUACCGGCUGCUGGGGGCAGCGGGGGGCUGCGCUUUGCUCCAGCUGCAGCCUCGCACCGCUUUCCCUGAGCAGCUCCAGGUGCACCUGACAUUGCUGCUGUGCCCGGCGCUGGGUGACCACAGACACGCAUCCCGCGUGGGCAAAGUGCUGGGGGAACCUUUCCUGCUGCCUCCCCAGGAGACCCCUACGCCCCACACACAGGUGCUGGACGCAGAGCUCAUGUCCCGGCUGCAGCUGUCCCCACACCAGCGCCUGCCCCUGCACCUCCACCUGCAGCAGCUGGUGCUGCCCCACACAGUGCUGUGUGCUCCCCCCCCUCCCCAUUUCCUGCGCACCCUGCGCCUGCUGGGGCUGCCCUCCCCGCCUCUCCCUGUCCAUUAAAUCUCAGUGUCCCAACAAA